AUGAUGGGUGCCACUGGUCUUAAAGGGGCUGGUAUGGCCACUGCCAUUGCCCGGCAACGACUCACUGCUUUGCCUCGGUCUUCGCGAUUGAUGUCUACUUUCCGCACUCAGCGCGUGCGCCUGCCCGGAUCACCGAGUCAAUUCACAUCAGGCCUCUCCGCUAAUGCAUCUCGGUGGGCAACACCGGCUGUUGCUGGCCCGCCCGCCGUCCGUUUCAACUCUACUACUUCCGAUUCCCUUGCGCUUUCGGGCCAGGCACCCGGCGAACUGCCGAACGUCGAGGACCUCUCUGCGAUCGAUAUUGCUAGCAUUCCCGAGCACAUUGGAUACCUGAAGAACCUUGGGUUAGAUUAUGGCUGGGGUGUGUCAUCACUGAUGGAGUGGACUCUUGAGCACAUUCACAUGUGGACUGGCAUGCCUUGGUGGGCCAGUAUUGUCAGUUGUGGUCUUUUGAUUCGUUUGGCGCUAUUGAAGCCGAUGCUUGAUGCCUCCGACAAUGGAGCCAAGUUGCAUAACCUCAAGCCCAUUACCAAUCCACUCCGGCAGAAGAUGUUAGCGGCCGCGAAGGCCAAUAAUCAGAUCGAGGUCCAGCGCGCGAGAGCUGAAAUCAAGCAGAUCAAUGUCAAUAACGGUGUCAACCUAUACAAGAGCUUUAUUCCUAUGCUCCAAGCUCCACUGGGUUUUGGAAUGUUCCGAGUUAUCCGCGGCAUGACCGGUCUCCCCGUGCCGGCCUUGUUAAAUGAGCAGGUCCUGUGGCUGACUGACUUGACUAUGGCCGACCCAUACAUGAUUCUCCCUAUCGUCAGUUCAUUCUGCUUGUACAAGACUUUCAAGAAAGGAGGUGAGGCUGGUCUCACUGAGCUCAUGAGCGGACCCGCAGGCAAGGGUCUUCUCUACGGUCUCCCAAUGCUUACCCUGGCUUUCACUGCCUUCAUGCCAAGUGCUCUCCAGCUGUACUUUGUUGCUACCGGUAUCUGGGCUGUUGGCCAAGCCCACAUUGUGCACAACUCGGCAUUCCGCCGCUGGAUGAAGAUGGAAAUCCCUCAAUCGGUUGGUGAAACCGAGAGAAUGGACGAUAGCUUGUCACAGCUGACUCGUCGUCUGCAAGAAGAUCAGCAGCGAAGGCUCCGCCAGGCCCAGGCCCAGUACCUAGAGGCCGAAGUCGAUCCCUCCAAGAUGAGCGCCAUUGACCGGUGGAUGAAGGGUGGCAAGGAUUAUUUUAAGGAGCUUCGGGAACAGAUCUCCAAGGGUGCCAAGAACGUCGCCGGCUCUGGUGGUCCGGAGACAAACGCUGAUGGCUCCCCUGCCGCGGCACCGCGUCUUACUGAGAACCAGCGCAAGAGGGCGACAAAGGAAGAGGAGGAACAAAGUGCUUGGGAAAAGGAGGAGCGUCAGCGCCGUAAUGAAGAACGUCGUUUAGCUCAUCAGCAGGCGCUUGAGAACGAGAGAGAGCGUGCGAAGAGCUCUAUGCGAAGACAUCAGCAGGCUGCUCAACGACGGAACUGA